CCUUUAUAUUUUUCUUUCUUAUUUAUGUCUUAGUUUUCAUCAUUUUUAUCAUUUCACCUUAGACUAGUCUGCCUUAUUCUUCUUUCUUCGACAAUUGCUCGGUUUGAUGUAGGUGGAGAUAGACAUAGCAUCCAUGGAAAUGUCUAGAGGAAGCAGCCUUGACAAUAAGAAAAUUAGUUUUCAGAGAGGUCACUGGAGACCUAUAGAAGAUGACCAUCUCCGGCAACUCGUGGAACAAUAUGGUCCCAAGAACUGGAAUUUCAUAGCACAACAUCUCUAUGGAAGAUCAGGGAAAAGCUGUAGAUUGAGAUGGUACAAUCAACUUGAUCCAAACAUCACCAAGAAACCUUUCACCGAGGAAGAAGAAGAGAGACUUCUUCAAGCUCAUCGGUUCCAUGGGAAUCGUUGGGCAUCCAUUGCCCGACUAUUUCCUGGAAGGACGGAUAACGCUGUCAAGAACCAUUUCCAUGUCAUCAUGGCUAGACGAAAACGUGAAAGCUCUUCUUCCACGGCCACUUCUACGUUAAACCAAAGUUGGCAUAAUAUUUUGAGCCAUAGUUCUAGUCUUACAAGACUAGAUAGAUUCCAGUUUGGGCUAUGUACGUAUCAAAAUGAUAAGAAUCGCGGUCUCUGGCCUUACACUUUUGUUCCAGCACGUAAAGAUGAUCAGUUUGGAUCAUCAUCUAUCUCGAACAAAGACAUUUAUACUGAGAGAAGAAAGUCUAAAGUGUUGGUGGAUCAUCACAAUUACGCAUUACACGCAGGUAAACCAGAUCACAAGAAGAACUCAUCAAGUGAAGAUGGACCAUCCAUGGGAGAUAAUGGGAAGAAAAAUGUUACUUUCAUUGAUUUUCUUGGAGUUGGAUUAGUUUCUUAGGAUAUACUAUAACAACUCAGUGAUUUCAAAAGUAUCUAUCAUCAGGGUUAGGUAUCAUUUUCAGCCUUCUGCUUCCUUAAAAUCUCAUAUGAAAAUCAGUUACAACUC